CUGAGACAGAAAAACUCAGCCUCUUACUCUGGGUGUCUAAGGAAGCUUGUCUGUUUCCUUGGCAUUCCCAAGACAUUGUACUCUCACGAGAGAGUAGUAUUUUUCUGAAAAGACUUUUUAUUUUUAUUGGAGACUCCGUCCCAUAGUUUUCCACUGUAGGAGAAGCCUACAGUCACCAAGACCACAAGUUGGAAUUGAAUGGGUCAAGUUUCCUGAUCUCAGGAGCAUUUAAAGAUCCUUAUUUUUUUUAUCUUCUCAGGUUCUUAUUGGAGACCCUUCAGUGGAGGAAUGGUGAGAAAAUAUCGGCUAUUUCCAGAAGCAUCUCUGGUCCAGCUGCCUCCAAAAGGUUUUUGUCAACAGUCCCCAUUUGUGCAGUUACCAUGUCCUCCUCAUAGGGUAGCUCCAUCACGGCAUCAAGACCGCCAGUCCAGGGCCAGCUCAGCAGACACAAAGUAUAAGAGAGCUUCCUGUGUACAGCUACCUUGCCCCAGUAAUCAUUUGGAGGGAGCUUCAGCUCUAACUUUCCCAUCCCAUCUAUUCCCGUUGUUAUCUUUUUCUAUAUUUCAAACUCCUCAAUCUUCAGCAUGGCUGCAGCAGCGACCACUGACUAAGCAGCCUUCAACAGCAUCACCACCAAUACAAGCACCACCACCAUCUCAAUCUGGGCUACAGGCUUGGCCUCAUGCUUGGCCUCAUACUCGACCUCAACCUCAGCCUCAGCUUCGACCUCUACAUCAUUCAGCUUUGAUUCCCUCUUCAAAGCAACUUCUAUACUUCAGUGCUCAGAAGGGCAAGAAACAAGCUGAGGUUCCUCCUUAUGGAGGACGUAGAGCUAAGACUGCCUGUGGGAAAACUUCAUUGCACCCAGUCUGUCCCCAAAGUGCCUCAGCUAUGCAAAGAAGGAACCCUGGUAAUAAGUUUCUAUAGCCUUGGCUGGGUCUGAAAGGCUACACGGUGACUUGAUUUCCAGGGUACAGGGACACAUGGCCAAGACUGCCAGCUCAUGCCUCUAAACAUUUGGGUCAAUUGCCUCCAGAGGAGGCCUGCAAAAGGAGCAUAUACUGUAUCCCUUAGACCGGACCUUAGCCUCAGUCAGCCUCCAUGUCUAUAUCUAUAUUCAUUACUGACAACAUCUAAACCUCCAAUAGAAAUUCCAUUCUUCUUUGUGUGGUGGACCAAGAACCAGGUUGAGGUUCCUCAUUAAGGAGAAUGUAGGGAUAAGAUUACAUAUGUAAUAACUUCAGUUGCACCCAAUAUACCCACAAAGUGUCUUGCCUGUGUGAGAAAAGAACCUUGGUUAUGAAACUAGAACAAUACCACGUCAAGGUCACCAAUUGAGUGUUGUUACUAUACUUUUGAGAUGUUUCCACCUAAACCACAAAGCAAAGAUUAUCUCGACUUGAAUCUUGUUCCAUGGUCACAGAGUUGAAAAAUACCAACUUGCUCUAGAACAAAGUUCUCUUUCUGCUGGGGAUAGUUAAAAUGUUAUGGUUUUCUCAUCAUAUUCCUGGACCUCAAAACCUGACCCAAACAACAAAGAUACAUAGAAGAGCUCUCACUUCCUGAUUUAUUAAUGGCUUCUUCAGUAAUUCCUAUAAAUCAUACCAGAGCCUCAAAUACUUGGGCAUCAUGUGCAUGCAUGCAUAGACUAUGUUAUUCAUAGGCACUUAUAAUUAGAAUCUGCUCCCCAGAACUUUAAAUCCCAGCAUCUCAGUUUCAUUCUCCUGUUAUAUCCUUACAUUUUGGAGAUAAAGUUUGUGUGUGACCCCACUCCACUCUUUUCCUGCAAAUGCAGCUGGGAAAACUUUUCUUUACUCAGGCUUUUAUUUUUGUCCUUUUAUUUCU